AUGUCUAAGGGGAGCAUGUACAAGGAAACUCAAUCUGGUCCCAAAACUGACUCGUAUGGUACACCAUGCUUAACAGGAGCAAAAGAUGACGUGUGGUCAAUAAUGGACACAGAGAACCUCCUGUUUGACAGAUAUGAAGAACACCGAUCUAAGGCUAUGCCAGAUAUUCCCAGCCAAUGUCUCAGCCUGUCUAACAAGUCUCAAGGUGCAGAGUCCUGGCAGCACCCAAGUCCAAAUGCUCAGAACCAUGAAGAAGAAGAAGAACAGUCCAUCAGUCUGCUGGACUUCACAGACCAGGACUACUAUAAGAUCAGAAUGGAGGAGAACCAGGACCAGGAUCAGGACCAGGAUCAGGACCAGGAUCAGGACCAGGAGAACCACACCAACAUCCUGGUCAUUAAAAGAGAAGAAUCAGAAUCAGACUCUGCUGCCACUGAUACACAGGGGAAAGAUGACUCUGGUUCACACUCCAACAACACAGCUGACGGCAGCAAUUCACCUCCACGCUGGUUUCAGUCUGACAUAAAAGAAGAAGAAGAAGAGCAGUUCAUCAGCCAGGACCAGGACCAGGAUCAGGACCAGGACCUGGACCUGGAGCACCACACCGACAUCCUCAUCAUUAAACGAGAAGAAUCAGACUCACCCUGUGCUGCCACCGAUACACAGAUACAACCAGUAAAAAAGGGAGUCAAACAUCAGUGUCACUACUGUGAGAAAGCCUUUGGAACGUCAACGUAUUUAAAGAUUCAUCUGAGGACUCACACAGGAGAGAAACCGUACAGCUGUGACCAGUGCGGGAAGACUUUCAGCAGAGGCGACAAUCUGAAAAUGCACCAACGCAUUCACACCGGAGAGAAGCCGUACAGCUGUGACCAGUGUGAGAAAGCUUUCAUUAAAGACAGUCAUCUAAAGAUCCAUCAACGCAUUCAUACUGGAGAGAAACCCUACACCUGUGACCAGUGUGGGAAAGCUUUCACUCUCCUUGGUAAUCUGCAAAUCCACCAACGGAUUCACAACGGAGACAAACCGUACAGCUGUAACCAAUGUGGGAAAGCUUUCACUACAAACAGCGCUCUACAGAUCCACCAACGGAUUCAUACUGGAGAGAAACCGUACAGCUGUGAUCUGUGUGGGAAAACCUUCACAGUAGACAGUGGUCUGAAAAAACACCAACGUGUUCACACUGGAGAGAAACUCUACAGCUGUGAUCAGUGUGGGAAAAUGUUCACCGCAGACAGCAGUUUAAAAACCCACCAACGUAUUCACACCGGAGAAAAACCAUACCAGUGUGAACAGUGUGGGAAAACGUUUGCUCAUGGGAAUUCUUUAAUAAUCCACCAGCGCAGUCACACUGGAGAGAAACCAUACAACUGUGACCAGUGUGGGAAAUCUUUCAGUAGAGACAGUUAUCGAAAGAGUCAUCAACGCAUUCAUACGGGAGAGAAACCGUACAGCUGUGACCAGUGUGGGGAAGCUUUUGCCCACAAGAAUUCCCUUAAAUUCCACCAAGGAAUUCACAGCGGAGAGAAACCGUACAGCUGUAAACAAUGUGGGAAAACGUUCACUCGUAAAAGCAAUCUUAAAAGCCACCUACGUGUUCACACUGGAGAGAAACCGUACUGGUGUAAGCUUUGUAGGAAAACUUUUGCUCAUGGAAGCUCCCUGAAAGUCCACCAACGUAGUCACUCAGUCACAUCGUGUUAAACAUGUCGUCGUGGCUUCGUCUACACGCCUUAAUAACAGUGUUGUUCUAUGCUGCGCCUUUCUACAGACUCAGAGCUACCAACACUAACUUAAUCAUUUAUUUAUUGUUUUUCAGUUUUGAGUUUCAUGUUGAUCUCGGCUGUAGAAAUGUUCAAACUGAAUCAUGUAACAUUGUGAAUAGUCUUAAAUAGCUCCUCCCACCUCACGACUCUAUCGUGCUGAUUUAGCUGCUAGCAAGCAUUCGGUGAUUUAGCUCAUUUUCAGUGACUGUCAAUAAAAU